AUGCCUAUAAUGACAAAUAGACGAACAAACGUAUCCUUACGUGACCACGAUAGGAUUGAACAACCAAGUCAACCGAGAAGGGAAGCCGAAAGCAAUCUCGAAUUAUGGCGAGCGCUCAGAGACCAACGCAAGCGUCAAACACCUAUGAGAACAAAUCAGCGAAUAAAUACAUCUUUAACUGGUCCCGCAAAGGUCGAACUAUCUAGAUCUACACGAGCGGAUGAGGGGAACAGUAACAAGUUAUCAAACCAUUUAGAACGAAUUCAUCUACCAACAUUUUCUGGCAAUAAAACCAAGUUUGAAGAAUGGAAAGCUCGAUUUACCGUGUGUGUUGAUAAAACUGACGCUUCAACAAUGCAUAAGUUAAACCGUCUGCGGUCGCUUUUACGAGGGGAAGCGGAAGAACUUCUCGAAGGUCUUGGCUGGGAAAGCAGCGAUUAUUAUAGCGCGUGGAAAAUUCUUGAAGAUGAAUAUGGAGGAGAUGAGCGGUUUAUUAACCGUCAAAUGGAUCUUAUACGCGACGUAAAACAAGUACAGACUGUAGAAGAUAUUCGACAAUUUUCUCGGCGUCUAAACACAUGCGUAGUUAUAUUAAAUAAUCGUCGACGGUAUGACGAGUUGGAAGCCGGUAUGCUGUAUAGUGUGGUUAAGUCGGAAUUAUCUCCAAGAUUACUGGAAACAUACUAUACGUGGCUUGAUUACCAACAUCGUAGAUCUACUUUGGAAGCCCUACGAGAUUGGCUAUUGGUCUAUUCGAGGCAUAAAGUGCAAGCCCAAGAAUAUGUUGAGGGUGUUCUAAAGAAUGAUCAAGAAAGAAGACCGAAUCGUCGCAAUAACACAUACGCGUCAGCACAGAACAACAGAAAACGACGUCUAUUUGUUUCAAAUGUAAAAAGAAACAUUAUAUUUCGAACUGUUAUCGGUUCAAGUCGAUGUCCUUAA